CUUAAAAUAAAAUAACUUCUGCAUGGUUUACGGCAAAGUUUCAUUGUGGUACGAAGAGCACUAGAUCUGAUGACACAGACAGUUACUAGGACUACUUAAUCAUAUCUUUAACAAGUGAACUUUAGGCAUGAGUUUAAGCAUGCCAAUUGGUCGACCUGGUAAAUUGAGUGCUGGUUACUAGUGACGUGUUUGAUCUUAAAGCAUAUAUGGAGUGGUUAUUUACUACCUAAAAAAGGUAAAUAGAUGUUAGGAGCAAGUUAGGUGGUUUUGGAAUGAAUUGAAACGGCUAGAAUAGAAGCUAUACAUUUUUAUUUCGUUUCUAGAAAAAAAAUAAAAAUAUUAAUUUUCAAAAUUUAAUUUUUACUCAAUUUCAACUCCAAUCCCAAUUUAGAUUUUCAUUGCGAACCAAAUAUGUCUAAUAAUAUAUCAUUUCGAUUUUAAUUUCGAUCCAUUCGGGAUCCGACCAAUUCGGUACGAUUUCCGACCAAUCGCGCCCUAAAGCUCUUCAUGAAUCACGAAUAGCGCACAAGAACCCGUUCCGGCGCUCAUUCUGGGUUACGCCGAGCGGUACUCGAAAACCUUGAAAGAUUUGAUUAUCGAGGUGGGAAAAGAAUGAAAAGCUCUCACCACACGCAGUAGCAGAGAGAUGAGGCGAAACGGAGAACAUGAAUCACCUCUCUCACCUUCGGUGCUCUCCUCUUCCUCUCCUCCUCCCCCACCGUCUCAAAAGUUCCCAUCUUUCUCUCCGUUCCAUCUCGUUCAAUCCUCCGAUCCGGUCCGAUGCCAAUCCGCUCCCAAAACCCCGCACGGAAAUCCCGUUCCCUACCGUCGUCGAUCCCUUCUUCUCCAACCCCAUUCCACCCGACGUCUAUAGCUGCAAUCUAAUGCUCUCCACCCUCGGCCGAAGCCGAGGGCUCAACGAAGCCCGCGCUCUGUUCGAUCGGAUGCCCCAAAGGGAUGUCGUCACCUAUGCCUCCAUGAUCACUCUCUACCUGCAAUCCGGCAAUCUCCCGCAAGCCGAGGCGCUCUUCUGGCAAGCACCCGCGAGGAAUGUCGUGUUGGAAUCGGCGAUGAUCGACGGGUAUGUGAAAGCUGGACGGAUAGUUGAAGCCCGGAAAAUUUUCGAUGCAAUGCCGGACAGAAACGUGGUCUCUUGGACCAGUUUGGUGUCCGGGUACUGUCGGGUUGGACGAAUUGACGAGGCGCGGCGGCUCUUCGAUCAGAUGCCGGAAAGAAAUGUCGUGUCUUGGACAACGAUGGUUUUGGGCUACGCCAGAAACGGGAUGCUGACAGAGGCCCGAGAUCUUUUCGAUCGGAUGCCGGAAAGAAAUGUUGUGUCUUGGACUGCUAUGAUGAGAGGUUGUGUGGAAAACGGUCGAAUUGGUGAGGCGAGCGAGUUGUUUGACAGAAUGCCGCAUCGGAACGUGUACUCUUGGAAUGUAAUGAUUUCGGGUUAUUUGGAUAGUGAGCAUGCUAGCGAAGCGAUGGAUUUGUUCCAGUUAAUGCCUCGAAGAAAUGCAGUAUCUUGGACUAUCAUGGUGACCGGUCUGGCUCGAAAUGGGCUGAUGGAGAAAGCACGAGAGUUCUUUGAUAGGAUGCCAAAAAAGGACCCUGCUGCAUGGAAUGCGAUCAUCACGGCAUAUGCAGAAGAAGGCCGCAUGAGCGACGUGCAGGAGCUCUUUGAUGCAAUGCCUGAAAGGAAUGUUGUGACUUGGAAUGCCGUGAUUGAUGGGUAUGCAAGGAAUGGGUAUCGAGGGGAGGCUUUGAGGCUUUUCCUCAUCAUGCUUCGCUCACCAGUGAAGCGAAAUGAGACUACUUUAACUAGUGUUUUGGGUAUGUGCAAGAGCACUGUUGAAGUAAAGCAAAUUCAUGGACAAGCCAUCAAGAUCGGUUACGAAAAAGAUGCUUCGCUCAUGAAUGCUUUAGUGACUAUGUACUCUAGAAGUGGUGACCUGGGUUCGGCUUGGCUUGCUUUCAAGAUACUCCAUGCCAAGGAUGUUGUAUCAUGGACAUCGAUGAUACUGGCCUGCUCGAACCAUGGGCGUGGUGAUUGUGCAUUGGAGGUCUUCGCGCAGAUGUUGAGACAUGGAGCCAAGCCUGAUGGAAUUACUUUUGUGGGAGUAUUAUCAGCUUGCAGCCAUGUUGGUCUUGUUGACAAGGGCAAAAAAAUCUUUGACUCAAUGAGCCGAGCAUAUGGACUGGAACCGAAGGCGGAGCACUACUCAUGCCUAGUGGACCUGCUGGGUCGAGCAGGGCUCAUUGAAGAAGCUAAGGAGGUGGUCAGUGAGAUGCCACAAGGCGAGCUCGAUGAAGCUGUUUUAGGGGCUUUGCUUGGGGCAUGCAAGGUUCAUGAGAAGAUCGAGGUGGCAAGCCAUGUUGGUGAGGAGCUCAUUGAACUAGACCCUUCUGGGUCGGGGGGGUACGUGCUUUUGGCUAAUGUGUUUGCAUCACAUGGAAAGUGGAAUGAUGUGGCACGCGUGAGGAAGAUGAUGAAAGAGAAGAAGGUGAAGAAAGUGCCUGGUUUCAGCCAGAUAGAAGUGAAGAUGAGGAAUCAUGUGUUCUACGUCGGUGAUCGUUCGCACCCCCAAGCUAAGGAAAUAUAUGGGAUGCUCAAAGAGGUGCUUCUCCCACAAAUGAAGGAGAUGGAGUACCUGCAUAUGAUCCAAUCCCUACCUGAUUGACAGUCUUUUUUACUUGUCUUUGAGGCUCUGAAAGCAAUGGUGAGGGCUCUUGAUGAUCUCCUUUGGUAGGUACCUGUUGGGCCGCCUUGUCUGAUCUAACUGGAACAAGUGAUCAAAAUUAUGGAGCAACAGUCUAUUAUAUUUUGAAAAUUUUAAUGAGCUCCAGAAGGAAGCAACUUUGGACUGGGGAGAAGCUUGUCAUUAUACCUAGAAGACUGUUUGUCUUGGGGACCAAAGCCAUUGAAGCUUUCUAUGACCUGGAAGAAUGCGAUCAAUGGGCCAGUUUGUCUACUUGAUGUUUCUAAUAAUCUGAAGGCCAAUUUGCUGCACGUCUAGGAAGAAGUUGAAAUAUGAUGUUCCACUGAGCAUUGAGCAACCAGUGAUGUGGUCACAAGGCAUUUGAGGAGUUGGUUUCAUCCACAAUGUUAAUGGGCUGAGCAAGUUGUCACUGGAGUUGGCGCCCAGAAUGGUAAAUAGAAAGGCACAAUGAUCCUGCUCUGUUGGUUGUGUGGUCCUUUCUUUGUUGUGACUGAAAACCGAAGUUAAAAGUCAUUUAACUUAUAGUGCUUCCUCUGCUUGAAGCAUGGAGAGAUAGUUACAAGUUCCCCUAUGGAUCAGUUUGCGAUCAUCUGUAGGAGAAGCACCUUGAAUCAUUUUGUACUUUUAGCAGCAUUCAUAAACCACAAUUUUGUUAAAGAUCUGUGCCGCUGAUUUCUGACUAUCAGAUGUGAUCAAGACAAAGUAGCAGAGUAGUGGUCACUACACAAGCAGAUGCAUCAAUGAGCUUGCAACAAAACGUAAGUAUAUCUUAGUUGAAAACAAGUACUCAUGUUGGGGUUUAAAGAGUCGGGGAUCCUUUGCAUAAGGGAAGUUCUGAUGGCUUAAUUGUUGCAUGGUUAUCAAUGAAUCAUGAAUAUAAUGUCAUGACUUCGACGAUCAUUUUAAUCUUAA